AUGGUAGUUGGCAGAAGGUCAAACUCCUCUCUUGGUAACGACAAGCCAGUGAGCAGCGGGGUCGUGUUUGCUUAUUGUCAGAGGUGUCGAGGGAAAACUAAAAGUUUAAGCAAAGCUUUAACUAGGAUAGGAUUGCGCGUUAUCUAUGCCUUCGGAAACCCGCUCUGCUACGAGAGUGCAAAGGUUAUUCUACGAACUUUAUUGCAUUUAUUUGUGAGCACCGUUUUGGAAUGGGUUAGCAGAACUGCUUGGGAGUGUGGCGAUGACAGCGAAAAGCAAGUAGAGCUUUGGUUACCGAGAAAACUACCGAACAUUUUGGCAGAGGCGUAA